UACUGAUUAGAUAAAGUUCUGAGAUGUCUGCUUUCCUGUUUAAUUUGUGACACGUGUGUCUUGGCUGGAGCUGGAUCGUCACCAAGGCUGUGCUGCUCUUUGACCGGGUUGUUGAUUGACAAACCAAGCUCAACACUUGGACAACAUCAGGUCUUUCCUACUAAAGCAGGGCAGCACACUAGAGUGUGUACAUAUAUAUAUAUAUAUAUAUACAUUUACACACACAUACGUGAAAGAAGUGGAAGAAGAGCAGAAGAUGGAAGCACUGAGGAGGUGGAGGGCAGACUGGAGGUAUCCCACAACUGUGCUGUGCAUCUAUGGAUUCUUCAGCACAGUUAAACCUCUGGAGCCUUUCCUCAUCCCAUACCUGACAGGACCGGACAAGAAUCUGACAGCAGAACAGGUAAACAAUCAAAUUUUUCCAGUGUGGACAUACUCCUACUUGUCUGUGCUGGUGCCGGUGUUCCUGAUGACUGACUGGCUGCGUUACAAGCCUGUGGUGGUGUUCCAGUGCGUCUCGCUCUUCAUCACCACAGCAAUGCUACGCUGGACAAAAAGUGUACCUGAUAUGCAGGCCGUGCAGUUCUUCUAUGGGAUGGUGACAGCCAGCGAGGUGGCCUAUUUCGCCUACAUAUACAGUGUGGUAGAUCUGAAGAGGUACCGGAAGGCCACCUCUUACAGCCGCAGUGUCCAGCUUCUGGGGUACACGGUGGGCUCUGUGCUGGGCCAACUGCUUGUCAGCUUCAACCUCAUGUCCUACAAUGACAUAAUGGUAUUUACUCUCGUUCUCACCUCCAUCGCUCUCCUUACUUCCUGCUUCCUGCCGAUGCCACAGCACAGCAUGUUCUUUCAUCGCAAACGUACUGGAGCCAAAAUAUCAACAGAGGCUGUGAAAGGGCAUGCAGAUAAGACUGGAGAUAUAAACGAGCACACAAGAAGAUCAACCGUAUCCUGUGAAGAAUUAACAGGUGAAAAUGUGGAGAAAGGAGGAGAAACAGAGCAUGAAGCAGGAAAAGGACUGGAUGAAAAAGGCAGUGAAAAAGGUGAGGACCUUGAAGAUUCAGCUGGUUCAGAGACCUGCAGCAAAGUCCUCCUCCAGCUGUGGGGGGACUUCCGCCAGUGCUAUUCCUCCAGACAGCUGCUCUACUGGUCAGUGUGGUGGGCAAUGGCCACUUGUGGCUAUAACCAGACUGUCAACUAUGUUCAGGUGCUGUGGGAGCAUGUGCAGCCUUCUUCUCAGAACUUCAGCAUCUACAACGGAGGCGUGGAGGCAGUGUCUAACCUGCUGGGUGCGGCAACAGCCUAUGGUAUAGGGUUCAUAGAGGUGAAAUGGGAACAGUGGGGAGAGAUGGCUCUGGGUGGAUUUUCUGGACUUGGUUCCGCAGCACUCUUCCUCAUGACCUUCAUUAGCAACAUCUGGGUGUGCUACAUUGGUUAUGUUGUUUUCAAGUGCCUGUACAUGCUGCUGAUAACAAUAGCCAUGUACCAGAUUGCAGCUGACCUGACAAUGGAAAGGUACGCACUGGUCUUUGGAGCAAACAACUUUGGAGCCUUGGUUCUACAGACAAUCAUUACUUCUGUUGUAGUUGACAGUAGAGGACUGGGCCUGGGCAUCAUUCCUCAGUUCACCAUAUAUGCCAGCUACUUUGCAGUCAUCGCUGUUGUCUUUUCCCUCCGGGGAAUGUUCACCAUUUGGAGAGCACAAAGAAGCAGCAAAGACUCCACACCUCCAGUGAAAAAUGAACCUCCAGACUCUCAUGAACACAGAUUCUAAAUUAAAGGAAUUUUACACCUACCAACAGAGAUAACCAAUAGUGCUUUUAGCCCACAUUUUUAAAAGAAUAAUUAAAAAAAAAAUUCAAAUUACUGACUGCAACAUCAUGAAUAUAUUUUUUUUUUAUACAAAACAAAUAUACAAGAUUUCCAUACAUCCAUA